AUGUCUGUUCCGUAUAACAAGCUCGCAGAGCGCUGUAUUCGCCUUCUUGAUCUGUAUCCUGGAGAGCUCAACUCACCAUUUCGGGGAAGGCUCCGCCCUACUGGUUUAGAUAUCCCAGAAUUCUACGAGGCCCUUUCCUACACAUGGGGUUCACCUGAGACGGCUGCUUUCUUGCACUGCGAAAGUGGCUCACUACCCCUCACACUGAACCUUGUCCAGGCCCUGUUGCGACUACGGAGGACGGACACGAUUCGAACUCUGUGGAUUGACCAGAUAUGCAUCAAUCAGGAUGAUGAGAUUGAGCGAGGUCAACAGGUUGGUCUCAUGGGCGGUAUCUACAGAGGUGCAAGUAUUGUUGAUAUCUGGUUAGGGGAGGAAGAC